UACUUGGAAUAUCUGAAGUCCAUAUGGCUAUGUAUGAUGAAGAUAUCUUGAAAAAUCCCUUUUAUUUGGCCAUUCAGAAGCGGCGUCCUGAUCUAUGCAGCAAAGUUGCAGAACUCCAUGGUAUUGUAUUGGUUCCAUGCAAAGGAAGCCUUUCAAGCAACAGUAUUUCUACCUGCCAGUUUGACUCUUAUGUCCUAAAGCCUCUGGAAGAAAAUUUUCAGACCUUAAAUGGAAAGGAGAUCUUCAUACAAGGAAACCUCAUCAUUUUAGGAACUGGUUUUAAUUAUCAUCUCUCAGUACCUAUUCUUUUUGAGGAAACAUUUUACAAUGAAAAAGAAGAAAGCUUUAGUAUAUUGUGCAUAGCUCAUCCAUUGGAAAAAACAGAAAGCUCAAGUGAAUCUACAGCUUCAUCAAACUCCUAUUCUCUUAAAAAUAUUGAAGAUGUUAGAGAAUUCUUGGGAAGGCACUGUGAGAGAUUUGAUAAAUACAUAGGAUCUUUCUAUAGAACAUUUAAAGAACAUGAGAGGAAAAGCCUCCGCCACUACAUAGAUUCUGUCAAUGCACUUUAUACCAAAUGCCUCCAGCAUCUUUUGAGAGAUUCGCACUUGAAGAUGCUUGCGAAGCAAGAAGAACAGAUGAAUCUGAUCAAACAAGCAGUUGAAAUGUAUAUACACCAUGCUAUUUAUGAUCUAGUCUUUAAAUAUGUGGGGACUAUUGAGGCGAGUGAGGAUGCUGCUUUUAACAAAAUCACGAGGAGCCUUCAAGAUCUGCAGCAAAAAGAUAUUGGAGUGAAGCCUGAGUUCAGCUUUAAUAUACCGCGUGCAAAGCGAGAACUGGGUCAGUUGAACAAAUGUACUUCCCCUCAACAGAAGCUACUUUGUCUCCGAAAAGUGGUACAAGUUAUUAUGCAAUCUCCUAGCCAAAGAGUUAACAUGGAAACCGUGUGUGCAGAUGAUCUUCUCUCUGUUUUGCUGUAUUUACUUGUAAAAACAGAAAUCCCAAACUGGAUGGCCAACUUGAGUUACAUAAAGAACUUCAGGCUUUGCAGUUCAGUGAAGGAUGAAUUGGGAUACUGUCUAACCUCAGUUGAGGCAGCAAUAGAAUACAUACGACAAGGCAACCUCUCUGACAGAUCAACAGAAUCUGAAAGACUGUGUGACAAGCUGCUUUUAAGACAAAGGAUGAACUUGUUGUCCCAGAUGUCUGCUACUCCAAUAGACUACUUAUUUAAGCAUAUUGCUUCAGGUAAUCAGGAGGAAGUGGAGCGAUUACUAAGUCAAGGUGACAGUGAUAAGGACACUGUACAGAAAAUGUGCCAUCCACUCUGUUAUUGUGACAGGUGUGAGAAGCUAGUUUCUGGGAAACUGAAUGAUCCUUCCAUUAUCACUCCAUUUUCCCGAGAUGACCGGGGAUAUACACCACUUCAUAUAGCUGCUAUUUGUGGGCAAACAUCGUUAGUGGAUUUACUAGUAGCCAAAGGAGCCAUUGUCAAUGCUACAGAUUACCAUGGUUCAACUCCACUUCACCUUGCCUGUCAGAAGGGAUAUCAAAAUGUUACACUUCUCUUAUUGCACUAUAAGGCAAAUACUGAUGUUCAGGACAAUAAUGGAAAUACUCCACUUCAUUUAGCCUGCACUUAUGGUCAUGAGGAUUGUGUCAAAGCUUUAGUCUACUAUGAUGUGCAUUCCUGUAGACUAGAUAUUGGUAAUGAAAAGGGAGAUACUUCUCUCCAUAUAGCUGCUCGUUGGGGCUAUCAAGGGAUCAUAGAAGUGCUUUUGCAAAAUGGGGCAAAUCCAGAAAUUCAAAACCGGAUGAAAGAAACUUCGCUACAGUGUGCAUUAAAUUCCAAGAUUUUGUCGUUGAUGGAAUUAAACUAUCUAACAUUUGAAAGAGGACAGAGUGCUUCGGAGUCACCGCUUAGGUCUCCUCAGCGCUCAACAGAAACUUUCAGCAGAGCAUCAUCUGUCUCAAGCCUGUCGUCAGCAUCAACUGAUAUAAGGCAAGAAGAAGUAAAAAAUAGUUAUAAAGAGGUGGAAAAACUCCUAAGAGCAGUUGCUGACGGAGAUCUGGAAAUGGUGCGUUAUCUCUUGGAAUGGAUGGAAGAAGACUUAGAAGACGAGAAUGACACAGUCGGUACAUCAAAACCAGAAUUCUGCCAUCCAUUAUGCCAGUGCUCAAAAUGUGGGCCCGCACAAAAGAAAUUUGCAAGGAUCUCUGCUCAUGGACUUGGAGUAAACGUUUCAAACCAAGAUGGUUUUACACCAUUGCAUAUGGCUGCACUGCAUGGACACUCUGAACUUGCCUCUCUCUUGUUGAAACACGGAGCCAGUAUCAGUGCCAAGAAUGCAAAACAUGCAGUUCCUCUUCACCUAGCUUGCCAGAAAGGUCACUUCCAGGUGGUGAAGUGUCUGAUGGAUUACAAUGCUAAACAAAAUAAAAAGGAUAUAUAUGGAAAUACUCCUUUAAUUUAUGCAUGCUUGAAUGGUCAGUAUGAGACUACUGCCUUGUUGUUACAGCAUGGAGCUUCUGUUAACCUUUCUAAUGCUAAAGGAAAUACAGCACUGCACGAGGCCGUGAUAGGAAAGAAUGAAGCUCUGGUAGACUUGCUACUUCAGAAUGGUGCAAUGACACACAUAAGGAACGAAAGGAACUGCACCCCUGCAGACUGUGCUGAGCCGAAUUCAAAUAUCAUUAAGUUGCUGGAAACGGCACCAAGCUAUGUAUCUACAUCAGCAGAGAGAGAAAAGGAGUGUGAACAGCAUGCUUCUAUCAAGAUAAGAAAAAAAGUGAAUUCUAAGCCAUGUGAAAAAGCCGAUGAUCCCAUAAGCAGACAACUUCAACUGGUCCAAUCAAUUAACAGAUUUAACAAAGCAAAACAUUUACGGAGAACAAUAACAAGAGAUAAAAGCGUCCCUAAUUUUGACUAUCAGUUAUUGCAUCAGUUAGCUAUUAAAAGCUUUGAUAAAACCAAGUUAAAAUCUGUUGAAACGCUGGACCAGAGCAAAGUUAAGAUUAUCGACCCAGGAUGCAGCGGUGAGUUUGUAAAACAUGAUGACGUGAUAGAAGUUCCUCACAGGAGUAAAUUAAUGCACCGAAGACACACUGUUAAUGUGCCACUUCCAGCAGAGAACAUCAGCGAUACUAGUUUAUCCAGCCCUAGAAAUCCAUGUAUUUCACAAUCAAGAGACUGCUGUGAUGACUUGCUUUCAAAACAUUAACUAGGAAGUGUGAAUUUGAUGUCAAAAGCUGAGGAAUUAGGUGGUGUUAAUUUCAAUAACCCUUCGCUCUGCAUCGGAGAAUUCAGUGAUGCUUGCAAGCGUGCCUUCAGAACAGAACACAAGGAUGAUUCUUCAGCAGAAACAGAAUGUUCCUAGUGCUUUCGAAGACUGAAUCCUCU